CAAAAGAUGCCCGUCAGAAGACCAUAGCACCCGAUCGACAAUGAGAUCUCCGGGUGGCCAGUUUCACCAAAUAAGCUGCGAUGCGAUAAGCCAGUCUGAACCGUUGAGGGAGGCGAGGGAAAAGGCAAGCCGUGACCACAUGUGGAGCCCGCCGGGAAAGACUGAGAAUCUUUCGCCGCCUGAUCUGUCAGGCAGAAGGGUAUUUAGUCCAUGAUUUUAAUUCAAGCCUGAGGCAAAAAGAAAACAGGAACCAUGUCACAUGAUCAACUGUUUCCCCCCCGAAAGAGUCGAUUGCAUCUCCGGUGCGGGAAACAAUUUUUGGGAAUCCCAGUCUCGACUCCAAUCUCCGCCAACAACACCUGCUGGACUUCCCGAUGGCUGUCAGUGAGUCCUCCAGAUACCUGACAAGGUCAUUGUCCCGGGCGUUGGUGCCCUCUGCUCGCCCUGCGACCUUGUGCUGGCGCCGCAAUGCCUCCGAUCAAGCCUCGUCGAGAUCUCCCUCCGCCGACCUCAGCGAAUUGGAGUCUACAAGCAUCUCCUCCACAUCUACGGCCGAGGAUGUUGUAAAAUCUUACGAUCCCGUCUCUAAGGCUAGAGGCCGCAAGACGAAAUUACCUCGCAGUCGUUAUCAAUUCCGUUCUCCCAAAUACUACCGUGGUCCGCUCCACCCUCACCAGCCGCCUCCACCCUCCGACCCUUCCUCCCGACUGUACGUUCCAGGCCCGUUUUCUCUUCCCCGAGUCGAGCAGACCUGGCAAUCGACCGUCGCAUCGGACAUCCUCACCCUCCUCUAUGUCCACAACCCUCCGGGCUUCAAGCCCCCCGUUAAGGCUCCCCGUCUCCGCGAUUGGGACGACACCUCCCCCUACCACAAGAACCGAAACCUCCGUGGUCCCCGCGGUGGUGAUGUUCUCCGCCUCCUCCGUAAACCUAUCGACUUCAACAACAUCCCCCAUCUCGAGCGUAUCACCAUUCACAGCUACGUCAACAUGGCGACAGAGAACUCGUCCUGGCUUCACGCCGCCGGUAUUGCCGUGCAGGCCAUCUCAAACGUGCGGGUGCAGACCUACAAGUCCAAGACCGGUGUCCCUAAAUGGGGUAUCGUCCCCGGCCGCGGCACCGUCGCUUGCAAGGCGGAGCUGCACGGUGAGAACAUGCUGCACUUCUUCGGCAAGCUGGUCGAUAUCGUCUUGCCCCGCAUCAAGGAUUGGCAGGGUAUCAAGGGAAGCAGUGGUGACAGCAGCGGUAACAUCACCUUCGGUCUUGAGCCCGAGGCCGUCGCUCUGUUCCCGGAGAUCGAGGUCAACUAUGAUAUGUACCCUCCCAAGAUGAUUCCCGGUUGUCACAUCACCAUCCACACCUCGGCCAGAACGGAUAAGGAUGCCCGUCUUCUGCUUAGCGCCCUGGGCAUGCCCUUCUACGGCAAGAUCGUUGACUAAAUUUCAUAGCCACAGGAGAAUGCCUCUGUGCGCCGGUAUUAAUCAUUAACUACAACGGGCGAAAUGGGCCCUCUCUUGCCAAGGAGUGACUCAAGGCCCCAAUGUCGGUAACGGUUUUUCUCGCUUGGUGUUUCAUCUUUCUUGCGUUUGGUUACUGCUGGCCGGCAUUGAACAUGGAACUUGGAGGAAUGUAUGUCUCUGGUGUUGUUUAGAUUAUCAUGUGUAAAAUACGCUUCCGAUUUGUUUGUCCUUCGAUUGUGUGUAUCUUUCCCAUUCACAAGCCGAUAUUACUGCAUGCCAUAC